AUGGCCGAGGGCAUCACUUACAUAGACCUGACCUUUGACUCGGAACUCCCACCCCCAGCACGCCCCAGGGAGAACGUACCCCCGCCGAAUCUGGACAAGGUAGGGUCGCCCUACCACUGGUCCACGUUCCAAAAGAGCUUUAUCACAUGGCUCUCGUGCCUCACCACUCUUUUCGCUUCCUUUGCAACCAGCUGCUUCAGUCCGGCGGCCGAGCAGAUCUCUUCCGAAUGGGGCGUCAGUCGCGUCGCUGCCCUCUUGGGCAUCACGACCUUUUGCUGCGGUAUGGGCUUCGCGCCUAUGCUUCUAGUUCCCCUAUCUGAGAUCGUGGGCAGGAGGCCGGUCUUCUUGGGAACGGGAGCAGUGCUCGUAAUUUUUCAGCUGUGCUGCGCUGUUACAAGGCUGUACUCGGGGAUGCUGGUCGCCAGGCUCUUCGCUGGCGUCGCAGGAUCAACGUUCACCACAAUGGUCGGCGGCAUUGUGGCUGAUAUGUACGUGCCGCGCGAGCGGAAUGCCCCCAUGGCAGUCUUCACCGGCACCGCGCUGUUUGGGACGGGCCUGGGUCCGCUGGCCUGCGGGUUCAUCGCGCAGUAUACGACAUGGCGAUGGAUCUUCUACAUGCAGACUAUUAUCGACGGGAUCCUUGCAUUGGCCCUGCUCUUCUUCUUCCGCGAGACCCGCGGCGUUGUCAUACUCCGUAAGCGAGCCAAGGCAUUAAACAGGUACUACGAGCGUCUCGAGAAGGCCGGGUCCCCCGGCAUGCGAUUAUCGCAAGGCGAAAACGCCAAUGACGGCCAAACCCAUGACCAGACGAGAAAUGAAAGCAAUGUGCGCCGAAUCCGCUGGAGAGUCGCCGAGCACGAAGCACGCGCCAGCAUAGCCACCACACUACGGGUAUCCGUCUCCCGCGCAUUCCUCCUCCUCUGCACCGAGCCCGUCGUCUUCUUCUUCUCCCUCUGGGCUGCAUUCAGCUGGUCCGUUAUGUACAUCAACCUCGCCGCGAUUCCGCUCGUGUACCAAUCCACAUACGGAUUCAGCCUCUCCUCCGCAAAUGCGAUCUUCACCGCAACCUGCGCCGCCAGUAUCGUUUCCACCCUCUUGUCCAUAACCCAAAGCAUUCUCGCCUCGAGGCACGAGAGAUGGAACACCAUUCCCGAGCACCGGCUCUACUUCGCGUGUGUCGAGAGCGUCCUCUUGCCCGCCGGGCUGUUUAUGUUCGGCUGGACGUCGCAGCACGGCGAUACGAUCCCAUGGAUUGUGCCGACUAUAGCCGUAGGGAUCUCGACGAUGGGGAUCUUCUCGAUCUACCUCUCCGUGUUCAAUUACCUGGCUGACACGUACGUCCGCUACGCGAGCUCUGCGCUGGCGGCGCAGAAUUUCUGCCGGAAUCUCAUGAACGGGGUGUUUCCCUUGGUGUCCAGGCAGCUGUUUAAGAAUCUAGGGUACGGGCCUGCAGCAAGUCUGCUGGGAGGCAUUGCCGCUGGGCUGUGUCUUGUGCCCUGGCUGUUGGUGGUCUUUGGGAAGAGCAUAAGGGGGCGAAGUCGUUUGCAGGAUAACUUAACAUUCAACACCCUGACAGCGCAGUUCUGUAUCCACUUGCACCGCUACAUUUCAAGAUAA